GUAUUGCCAGGUUGAUUAUGAAAGAUGACUCAUUCUUGUCUCGUUUUAUUUUGUUUUGUCUUUUUAUAUAUUCCAUUGAAAGGAGCUGCAAUUUAUCCACCUAGUGGAACCAACUUGACGCUUUUGCCAGAUGGAUUACCUAAAGAAAUAAAGUGGACAUACAAUGGCACAGCUCAUCGCGUGAGCUGGAUUUUUACACGUAGAAACACUACAGGAAAGAGAACGAUUGCUUUCAUAUUUAGAUCUGGUGAAAUUAAAAUAUUCAACCAAACUUUACCAGGAGCUAGUGUUAUUAAACCAGCAACAUUAAUUUUUAAGAAAGUUGAUGAAAGUUUUAAUGGAAAAUAUGAAUUUGAGCUUAUUUUAGUUGAUGGAACCUUUAUCACUUCUUAUGUUAACAUUUUUAUUGCCGAAAAGCCAACAGCGACACUAAACUGCUCUAGUACCACCACGCUAAGUGAAGGUGAUGACUUCAGCUGUUUGUGUAAAAGUGAAAAUGGAAAUCCACCAGCUUAUGUCAGCUGGUAUAAAGACGACAAGAAGAUUAGUAAAACAAGAAAGAAAAAUGAAUUAUUGACUCUCAGAGAUGUUGAUAAUACAGACAGAGGGAUCUACAAGUGUUUGGCUGAAAGCUAUCCAAAUGAAGAUUACCAAGAUAGAAAAGCACUUGGAAUUGUAGUUAAUUUUCCACCUCGGAAGAUAAACAUUACAUCCUCACAAAGAAAAGCUAAAAUUGGCGAAGCAAUAAACAUAACCUGUGAAUCAAUAGGUCAGCCUGAACCCAGCUUUAUUGUAACUCACAAUGAAUCCGAGAUUAUUGCUGAAAGUACAUACAACAUACCACAAGUGAAGUGGAGAGAUAGUGGAUUAUACCAAUGUAUUGCGAAGAACAAACUUGGCAGUAAUUCAAAGUGUUAUUGCCUGACCGUCUUAGGAGAGGCCACAUCUUCCAAGAAAGAAGACCGUGAUACGGGCGAUACUGUUGUAGUAUGGCAUAUCGUGGUUUCAUCAAUUUCGGGCGUGGUCAUUGGAUGUCUCCUUUCCUACAUCGUCUCAUGUUCUCGUCGUAAGCCACGACAAUCAAACCCUGAACCUCCAAAAGCUGAGCGACUCACAGCAGUUACUGGAGCUCCUAAACUGCAGCGAAGAAGAGGUAUACAAAACAAAGUGAGAAGUUUCUUCAACUGUAAAAUUCUCAGUGUAAUUCUCAGUGUGACACUAUAG